CCCCUCUCGUCUUCGUUCUGGAGAGACAGUCAGGAGAAAGUCUUUGUCCGAACUGGCCGCCCGCAGCGCCCCUGGCGGUAGCAUCCAGCAACUCACAACAAAAACAAUGGAGUAGUAAACAUAUAACCGUGGUGAAACUAUGAUUGAGUUAAUGAAACGUAUGAGGUAAAUCUCAGAAGUGAUGGAUAACAUUGUAAAUACUAUGGAUACCAGAAAGCGGAGGAAGGAAGGGUCAUCUCGAACUCCAUCACUUGAAAGCUUACAGGCUUCACCCAAACGAGCACGUGUUCAUGCCCAACGUAAGUUCGCUCAAGGAUCACAGCCGAACAGCCCAGCACCAACUCCUGUAAAAGAAACACGAGAGUUAAGAGACAGAAGCAAUUCCAACGAUACAAGAAACCGUAUUGUUUCUCAGCCUCAAUCAACUCCUCCUCCAAUUUUAGAUAUAGUUGAAGUGCCCAUGAGACCAACAGUUGAAGAUUUUCUAACAUUUCUUUGUUACAGAGGGACACCACUUCUUCCCCCGGAGUUGGAACACUUUAAUACUCCUCAGCUGUUGGAAACUGCAGGUGACAGCCGUAGCCAGAGUCCUGCAAGAGAUGACAAAGUCAGGUCAUCUACUAAAAAGAAGCAAGAAGGCUUGAUAUUUGACAAAAGAGAAAGGGAACUUUCCAAGGAGGCUGUCAAAAAGAACCUGGAACAUAGCACAGACAUAGAAGAUUAUGAAGCUACUCCACCAGUUCGUGUCACACGCAGUUCCACUCAACCCCCUCAAAUCUCCUCUACAAAUGCUGUGGAGCAGCAUCACUCCCCACAGAAGGUCUCCAAAAGAUUGAUGAUUAAGAAGGCUUUAAUACUCAGAUCUAAAGCAAAGUCACUAAGGAUACAAGAAAGAAGAGAGGUGUCGCUACGUAAACUUGACAAGCACUUGGGUGAUUCUUCUCAUGCUCAAGCAAGUGUUAUAGCCACCCGCUCAGGCCGACUUCUUCACAAAUAUCGUGUGUCAGCAACAACUGCAAUGGCCCGUAAAAAAGCUAAAGUGGCCAAACUUUCAUCAAUGAGACCCAAACAGAAGUUAUCCAGAAUAUUACAGAGGUUAGGGGGCACUUCUACACAUUCCGAUACCAGGCUCCACAGAAUAACCAGAAGCCAAGUAGAAGCCAAGGAUUCCUGUACAGAGAAGCGCAGAGAAGAAACACAGGCAGUUGGAACUGAGAAAGCCAACAGUCAGGCAGAUGGAGCCAAAGAUGUGAGAAAAGAGAAGGGAAACCCCAAAGUAACCAGAUCUCUCAGGCUACUUAGGCAACAUCCUGAUGGCAAGAAGGUCUAUGUCAAGAAGGUGGUGAAAAUCAACAACAAAGGAAAAUCGUCAAAGGAGUUAAACAGUUCUUCAAAAUCAUUGUCAUUAUCUGAACCCCCUGUCAAUGAAGAACCUGUUCCAAUGGCUCGACGGUUAAGAAAAAAAUCCUCUACACCGGCUGGUUCUGGCCUAGAAAGCAGUGGUACCACAUCUUCACCGGGUUCACGGAAUUCAGGUCCUGGGGCUCCAAGUAGUAGUAUGAAAGUGAAUUCAGAACCAAAAGGAGAUUCAAAAGUUUUGGAAGGCAGUGAAAAAGUUAUGCAGAAAUCAGUACAAAAGAAGUUGAAUGAUGUGAACGGUAAUCAGAGGAAAGCAGACAUGCCUUGCAACACUAUAUCUGAAAGUUCACAUGUUAAUGAUGAUCCUCAGUCACCUAAUGAUAAGAUAUGUUCUGAAUUAGAAGAAUGUCAGAAAUCAUCAGAAACUUUUUCUUCAGUGGCUGAAAAGAAUUCAGAAAAGAGCACUGUUAUUGAUGUGGUGUUAGAGCCAAAGGAACAGUGCACUGACAUUGAGGACAAGAGUUCUUCUGUAGUUUUACAAAGUAAAAUGUUAGAUGAUGAGGUAUUGUUACCUGUGGGCCAAAAAGACACUGAAAUUUCAUCAAAAGCAGAAUCGUCACCAUCACAAGCAGUUAAUGCUGACAUUACUGUAGUAAAUGAUGGAUUGAGUAAGUCACCUGAAGGAGCUGUUGAAAGUACAAAAGAUAUAGCAGCAGCAAGUACUUUAGUUAAUGAAGAGGUUCAGAAAGAAUCUGUCAAGGAAGGGUCCUUAAUUGAUAGUGAUUCAUGUGCAGAAACCAAUCAAGAGGAAUCGAAGCCUGAACAGGUAUCCCUUAACGAAGAGAAAUCUCUUCAGGAAGAACAAGAAAAACACACGUCACAGACCGAGUUAUCUUGUGUUGCGCAUGAUAAACCCACUGUCACUCCGGAAGAAUCCAUAAUAACUGGUGCUGAGAUGGCUAUAAUUCAAGAAAAGCCAGAGACAGAUUCUGAGAAUCCUGAGCAUGCAGCCAGUGAGGAGAGUUGUCCUGAAAAGAAGUCUGGAAUACCAGAAGAACCUUGUGGCUUGGGAUCUUCAACUUCUAUGGAUGAAAAUGAUAAAGAAUUGACAUCAGAAAUUGUCAAGGAUGAACAUGUUAACAGAGAGAUAACAGAAAAUGGUGAUACCUUAAAACCAGUGUCAGUAUUAUCAAGUAGUAGUAACCACCAGUCUAUUAAUAACAAUGUAAUCGAGAAUUCCUCUGUAGUUCAGUCAGAAAAUAUACUAUCUGUAGAUUCAGAAGAAAAUAGUACAAUUGAAUCAACAAAGGUGCCCCUCAGAUCUUCAGAAGAGUCAGGUGUGAAGUCCUCAGAUGCAAGCAGACAGGCAACAUCCACUAAGUCUUCCCAGAAGAAAUCUUCUGUAACGGAAGCAGCCAGCCCUAAUACAAACAAGAAAGUAAUUGGAAUCAGAGAGACUAGAAAAGUCAAGGAAAAUAUGGCAGCACAGAACCAGAAUGAUUCAAAUACUACUGAAGAAGAAAUGAACAGUGAAACUGGCAUUCGCACAAGGCCAAGCAGACGUACUAAGGAAGCCGCUACCGUUUACCUGGAGCUGAUUGGCCGUAAAUUAGCCAAAGAAUCCAAACCUAAAGUCGGCAUGCAUGGAGAUGAUUAUGGGGAUGAUGAAGAGGACGAUGACGAUGAUGCAGUUUCCAUUAGCAGUAUUAUGGAUCUGAAAGACCUUGCCAAAACUAAAGGAAGAGAUACAGAAAAAGAACGAAGAGAGAAGUUAUCCAUGUGGAAGAUGGAUACAGGCGAAGCUCUGUGUGAAAGUAAUGAAGCAGAAGAUCAGAAUGUUGGUACAGCCACCGUUAGAUAUAGCACAAGGAAAUCUCCCAGACAGAAACGAGAUGUUAUGGACCAAGUCACCGAAGAGGAAAGAGCAAGUAUAGGGAAGCGCAGGUUAUCCAAAGAUGAAUUGAAUAAUGAUGUUGGUGAAGAUAAGCAGGCUGUUGCAAAAGUAAAGAGGAAACUGGAAAAAGAAGAAAAUUCUGGCCUCGAAAAAGUUGAAAGUAAGUCAUUUAGCAAAGAAACUUCUCCUGCCACUCUGAGUUAUCCAGGAGGACAAAAGCCUUCGGUAGUAACAAGGGCUGGCUCCAGGAAUCUCAGGAGAACUCGAAGUGAUGCUGAGGAGCCCAGGAGAAAAGGUUCCCGGCCUUCUUCAAGGCGCUCCUCCCUGGAACUGGAUUCCCUUUCCAGUUCUAUAAAGCAGAAGCAGCUUGGUGGUAAGGGAAAACAAAACACAUUGGGAGAGAAUGUUGGAAGUGAAGCAGAGGAAGGCAUUAUAGUUCUAGAUACCAUAGUAGAUCAGUCAACUAGUGCUGAUAAUUCCAUUGUCAAUACAGGGGACGUCCCACAUUCUGUAACACAGUUGGAAGAGAAAUGUGAUAAUGUAAGUAAUUCCAUUGUAAGUGAUGCAAAAGAAGUAAUUGAUGAAUGUGGAAAAGAUGACAAGGAAAUGUGUUGUGAUAAAAAUGUAAACAAAAGUGAACUUGAUAUCAUAAAGACAGCAGAUUUCGAAAUUAAAGAAAACCCUAUUCUAAAGAAAACUGAUGGUGAAAGUAAAGAGAAAUCUUCAUUGAAGAAAACUGAUGAAAGUAAAGAGAGAACUUUGUCGAAGAAACCUGAUGUUGAAAGCAAAGAGAAAACUGUGAAGAAAACUGAUGUGGAAAGUAAAGAGAAAACUGUGAAGAAAACUGAUAUUGAAAGUAAAGAGAAAACUUUGAAGAAAACUGACAUUGAAAGUAAAGAGAAAACUGUGAAGAAAACUGAUGUUGAAAGUAAAGAGAAAACUUUGAAGAAAACUGACAUUGAAAGUAAUGAGAAAACUUUGAAGAAAACUGACCUUGAAAGUAAAGAGAAGCCUUUGUUGAAGAAAACUGAUGUUGAAGUGAAAGAGAAGGCCAAUAUUUCUGACUCUGAAAAUGAUAUUAUCUUUAUUUCAGAGAGUAAAGACAGGAUUGUCAGAUCCUCAUCUGCCAGUGCUUCUCCUGAAAUUGUGCACGAAGUCAUCAACAAAGCCCCUAUCAUAACUGGUAAGACUCACAGGACAGUGUUGCAAGACAGGAAAUCCCGAAAGAAUGUAGCCAAAGAUGAAGGGAAGUAUAUGAGCAGGAGGAAGAGCGCUGAAAAUUCAACUGAAAAUGUUUUGGGUCACAGUAAUAUGAAGAGUCAUUUGCGAGGGAAAAUUGGCACUUGUGGUAGUGGUGAUGACAGUAGUAAUGACACUGAGGAGAAGAAAUCUGUAAGGGCUUUUGGCAGGCAGAAGGUUGUAGGAAGCAGGAGGAGGAGCAGCAACCAUGAUGAAGCCAAAUUAAAUGAAGUUCUGGAAAGUGUAGCGAAAGAUUUUGAGAGAGACAUUGAUGAGGAUCACUAUGAUCAAAUAGAAAAAGAUUUUGUGUUAGGCAAUAAAUCCCCAGAUAAGGGUAUCAGUGAUAAAAUGAUAGAGCUGUCAGAGAAAGAGGAUUCAAAUUUAACAGAAUUCAUCAAUUUUUGUAUGGAUGAUAAAAUUUCCUGCAAUUUAGAAGCUUUUGGUUCUUCUGGAAAUGAGAGGACACAGUCUGGUAGUACAACACCUCAACCUGGCAGUAGCAGUCCCAGUUUGAACAAAAGAAGUGCAAGUAGUAAGAAACUGAGUGACGUUGUACGCAGUCUGCAAAAGAAACAGGCAGAAUCACCAAGUUCCACUUCAGGUCCAACAGAAAAUCCAACCUUUUUGAAGGACCUUAACACCUGGAGUUCAGAUAAGUUGAGGCAAGUGAGUCCCCACUCAGGCUCUUUUCACCUUGAGUCCCCUAGUACUUCUGCACCUAAAGUAACAUCACCAAAUGAUGCUUCAAUGCCAGAGAUUGUACAUAAUCCUUGUGCACCAACCACUACACCACCAUCACCAGAGAUGAUCACUUCCAAGGUACCUUCACCUCUACCUGAUAGACCAUUUCCCCAAAAAGUUGCUAUCACCAAAACUCCCUGUGUUGGACCUCCUACCAAUUCACCUGUCACUAGUCAUAGUUCCUCUUCAGUGGUGACAAUGACAACAUCUUGCUUGCAAGCAAAUGCACCUUACACUGCUGUUACUUUCAGUGCUAGUUAUAACGUAGUUCAUACAAGCACUGCACCUGUAGGGACUCCUGCUCCUGCUCCUGCCUGUGAUAUCCAGACUGUCAAUUCAGUACCAAAGUCAGUUCCUUUCAAAUCAUAUCAGACUUCCAAAGAUGAGGAAGUCACCGUUUUAUCAAGCAUUCCAGUGGCUGUAAAUCCUCCUACUUCAGUUAAUGUGUUAAACUCUGGUUUCUCUCCUACAGUUGUACCAGGUCUGCCAAAGAUAACAUCUAGUGUUACACUUUCGUCUCACGGUUCCUGUGUUUUAACUUGCGCAAAGUCAGUUGAUCUUCCUGCACAAAAGUCAAGCCCUAAACAGUUACACAUUGCUCCAAAGCCUUCCAGAUCUGCUACUCUGACAUCUUCCACACUAACAAACCCGUUACCUUUACCUGUAUUACCGCAGGGAGCUAUAAAGCAAGUACCCAAGCCUGUACAAAUUGCUCCAAAGCCACCUGCCUCUGCUACUCAAGUUCAUCAUAACACUCAGAUGUUAACUCAUCAGCCUACUCACUUAAUGCAAACACAGGUCCAAACUCCAAUGCAAGCUUUACCACAGCAAAUACAAGGUGUGAAAGCAAUACCUCAGACUGUACAGACUUUGCCAACAGCCUUAUCUCAGCCAGUACAGAAUAUGCAAGCCUUAUCUCAAACUGUACAAACUAUGCAAGCCAUCCCUCAGCCAGUACAAAGUAUGCAUCCUAUUCCCCAAACAGUACAGACAGUGCCACAACCUAUUCAGACUGUGCAGACUCUUGCACCACCCAUGCAGACUGUUACUGCUGUGCCCGUACAAGCAGUUAUAACGCAAACUGUAAUUAACCCAACUCAUAUAGUAACACCAUCCUCACCCGCUAGAAUGAUUAAUCACCCUGUAUUUGCAACAUCAUCCAAUCAGAGCACAGUCACUUACACUCUUGCACCUCACCCUAUAAGUCAGAGUCAGUUGCAGACUAACGUGGGUGCUGUUGCACGAGUAUUGACACCAACAGUGGUUGGAAAAGUAGCAACAAGACCUCAGUCCAAUAUGAUGACUCCAAAAGCUCCUGAGUCUGUAGUUACAUUAUCCCCAAGCACCAUUGCUGGUGCUGGAACAGUGAGACCCAUAGCACCAUUGCCUCAGCAAGUUCAGGUCACUCAACCACAAAUUCUAGCUGUCAAUGUUGUACCAGUAGUGUCUACUGCUGUGGUAGGGCAAGGUGGUUUGAUUACUAGACCACAAGGGUCUGCAGUAGUUCCACCAUGUCAUGUUUCCGGCAACCAACAUUUUGUUCCCCCUACUUCUACCGUCAACAGCGAGACUUGUGCUUCAAACCCACACUCUACUUUAGCUUUUUCACAGCACGUGCCUCUUUCUAAUCCCUCUACUUCUUAUGUACCUUCCAAUACAGUUGUUGCUGCUUAUCCAUUACCCUCUUCUGGGGUUGCUGUUAACCCAACUCAAAAUAAUAUGGGUAAUCCACACAAUGUAGUUUGUGAAACAGUGCCCAUAAGUGCAAAUCAUCCCUCUAGGGCUAUGAUGAUAUCAAAUCCACCAAACAUUAAGCCUGUGUGUAACAGCAAAACAGUUCAAAAUCCACAUCCUGUUUCUAGCAAUAUAUCAACAUCAACCACUGGAAUAUCUGUAUCCAAAUCAAAUAAUGUAGUGUCAAAUAGCAAUGAAACUGGUCAGUCUGCAGUCACAGAUAGGAGGCUUAAUUCAUCCACAACAACUGCUAUUGUAGAGGCUGCAUUUAGAGGCAACAUACCUUCAAGUGUCAAGAUAUCAGAAGCACCAAAGUCAGUUCAUAAGGUGAAUGGCCCUGUCUCCGUUACAAACUCCAAAUGUCAUUCAAGAGUACCUGAACUUAUGAAAUCUCAGAUAGCCUCUUCAUCCAUAACAAUUACAACCAUCGGAGAAGUUUCGCAGGGUAGUGCGAACAUGGCUAAUCUAAAACCAGUGACUCCUAUAGUACAGGUAUCUGGUAGUUCUGACUUAAACAUUAAGCUGCCCAUGGGAGUCAGUGUGGUUCACCACAAAGCAGGAGUGGGGCGAAGUGUUGCCAGGACGUCCCUGCCGUCCGUGGUAGGGACGUCAUCCUCUCUCUCUCAGACUUGUGAAAAUGAUAGGGGUGUCAGUGGUACAGUAUCACUGUCCGCAGAGAAGAGUAGAAGGGUCAUUCCUCCCCAGCUGAAGAAGGAUGAUGUUUACAACACAUUCAUAGCAACUUCGUGUUCCAAGUUUGACAGAGAAAAAGUAUCAAACCCUGUUUCAAAGACUGACACUAAUCUUUAUCAGCCAAAUGAAUCCCAAUUUAAAUCAAACAGAGAUGUUGCAGUCACAGCAGCUUACACUUCUUGUACAGAUAAAAGCAAAAUGUCUCACCCGCCACUCAGUCUGUCGCAGGAAAUCAGGCAAGUGGAUAAGGUGCCUAAUAGUAGUGAUAAGCCACAAAAUGAAUUUGAUAAAAGGACUGCAGAUAAAAGAAGAGAACCAUUGUUAAAAAGAACCCUGUUUAAAACCAAGAGUCAUGAAGAAAGAAGACCUACAAAUAUGUCACCUGUGUACAGAACUAAAAGUCAAGAUGACAAGAAGCCUUCUGGAGCAUUUUCUCCUUUGCAUGAAAGUAGCGUGUAUGCCUUUGAUGAGCCUGAUAUUGAAACUUCUCCAAUUGAGGUGUCACCAUUUUCACAAAGAAUUAAAAAUAUCCAGUCAUCCCCAGGAACAUCACCAGUAAAACCAUGUAAUGCAGUUAAGCCCCCUAAUCCUAUUCCUGUUGGUACUAAACCAUUAGGGAGAGUAAAUGUAGGAUCCAGGUGCCAUGUUUCACGUUCCUUAACUCCUUUGAUAUCAGGAAAACCCAAACCAGGUAUAGUCAGUAAUGCAAGUGCCACUCAACCUGUUCUGUCGGCAAAGAAAGCACCAUGCAGUCCAAAGGCUGUGAGUACUGCCACAGAUACAGCAGUAUGCACUACAAAGUUGGAUGCGGCUUCUGAGGCAGGGAAUGAGUUGAAUAAGACUGUAGAGGAAUCUCAGCAAGUGUCAGAGAAUAAUGAAUGUAUUAAGAAAAAUUCUAAUAGUACUUCUAUAGCUAUUCAGUGUGAUAUGGACGAGACCAUUGCUGAAGAAAGUGUACGAGCAAAUGAGAGUGGAACUCAGACAGAAGGACCAAGUAAAUUUCCUCUUCCUCCAUCAGCAUCUCCUUUUUAUUAUCUACCUCUUGCCAUGGCAGCUCUAGGGGAAAAAUUACCUGCACAGUUAGUGCAGCAAAUGCUAGCAAAAACACAAGGAAUAGUUGGUGCAGCCGAAGCAGGAUUAAUUCUUCAGAAAGCAGCUCAGUUGGCUCAGCAGCAUCAGCAAAAUCUUGCACAACAAGGAACACCUGGACCUUGCCUUGGAGUAUCUUCAGCAGUGAAGCCUAUUAAACCAGCUUCAGUUGCUCCUCUCAUAACAGGCAUUUCCAGUAGUCCUACUGUGACAAGUGCAACACCUGUGAAGCCGCCCGUAAGUAAAUAUCAAGAGACACCAGGUACAAGUGGUGAAACUGUUACAACCACAACCACCACAACCACAGUUUCAAAUGCAGAGUCUAAGGUAGCUGCAAGUAGUAGUUCUGUAAGUGUUUCAGCUUCCGAUUCUGUCAGUGUAACUUCAUCCGUAACUUCCGUAACCUCUCCCUCCCAAGUAUUAUCUUCCCCAUUGACCACUACUGUAACCCCAACUUGUGUUCCUUCCACCCCUACUUCAAAUGUUCCUGGAACUAACACUGAUCUUCCUUCACAUAUACCUCCUCAUAGACCUCAGCCUACUACCACAACCAUUCCUCCAAAUGAAGAGGUUGGCACUACUUCAAUAAAUAAGGUAGAACCCGAACCAAAGAGUAGAAAACGAAAAGGCCAGAGUAACGACGCAAAUAAAAACCAGUGCGACGACAACCCGCCAACAAGAAGACGCAGCGGUCGAGCGACCACUUUAGCCGCAACGAGAGCAACAGAGUCUGACAUGCAUGAAAUAGAAGAAUUGAGAAGAAACAGAAGGGCUAAACGGGCAGCUGCUGCUCUAGCAAAGGAAGAAGGCUGGAGUUCGUCUUCAGAGGCACCUUUAAGCCCCCAGAUGUCCCCAGACACAUUGAGAGGAUGGCCUCCUCCUAGAUUAACAAGUCCAACACCAUCUCAGAGUUCAGAAGGAACUACCUCUUCCACUCCAUCUCAGAGGGGAAAUAGACUGUCUGCGUCUCACAGUCGUAGACAGUCUCCUGCAAGCAAUAUUGAAAACAAAGGCUACUCUUCCAUUAGUGGAAUUUCUGCAUCCCACUUAGCUAAUAACUCAACAUCAGUUACACCCGACAAGAGUGCUGAAGAAUCCAUCGCCUAUGUGUGUGACAAUUCUGUUUUGGUUCGAGCGCCAUCAUUUUACCCAUCAGAAGAAGAAUUCAGUGAUCCACUGGACUACAUUGAAAAAAUACGGCCUGAAGCAGAACAGUUUGGAGUAUGCCGUAUUGUACCACCCAGUAGUUUCAAGACGGGAAAGUCAAGUUUUUUAAUUGUGAACUGGUAA